AUGACGACUAUCAAUCAAAAGGAAUAUUUGAAAAAAUAUUUGGGAAUUGGAAAAGGUUCGGGAGUGAAAAAGAAGAAAAUAAAAUCUGAAAAAGUUAUAGGAAAAAGUUUGAAAAUCAUCGAUGAUGAUAUAGAUGCUGCUCUGUCUAAAGAAAUUCAAGAUGAUUUGGCCAACUCCAAUGAAGAUGCCCCUCAAAUUGUAUCCGUUAUCGACGACCGUCCACCCUCUCUGAGAAUAGAUGAAAAAACCAAAGACAACCUUUGGAAACCUAUUGGCCAAGGUAUUGAUUCUGAUAAACAUGUGGAAGAUGUGAGGUUUACUAAUUUCAAAAUAAGUAAAGAGACAAGUUUCAUAGAACACAAACUAUUGAAUACAAGUUAUAGGAAAACCAAAAAAGGUAAUUCAGCAUCAGGAAAGAGCAACAAACAAAUUCAAGAUAUAAGGAGUCAGAAACAGGAUCUCUCACCAGCUAGAAAUGUAAAUAGGCAUGGAGAAUCUUCCCCAAGUGAAAUAAAAUAUGAUUAUUCUCAUAGGACAUCCACAAGGGAUGAAAAUAUUCAUCCUCCAAAUACAUCUAGAAGAAGAGCUAUAUCUCCUUCAAGAAAAUCCAUCAGGAAAGUUCUGUCUGAUGAUAGAUCACCAUCAAUAGAAUCAAGAAUCCAUGAGGAAGACAUUCCUACAAGAAUUAAGAUAGAACCAGAUGAUAUAUCUCCUCCAAGGAAAACAAAAAGAUAUGACAAAUCUCCAAGAAAUACAGAAAGAAGAGAGCAUAAUUCACCUCCUUCAAGAAAAAUGUACAGGGUCAGUGAAGCAUCUCCUCAGCAAAGGUCAAGGAGAGAUGAUAUGUCACCUCCAAGAAGGAAUCACAUAAUCAAUGGAAUGUCUCCUUCACAUAGGCCUAGGGAAGAUGAUAUAUCACCUCCUAGGAGAACUCACAGGUUCAAUGAAAUGUCUCCUUCAGGAAGGUCAAUGGAAAAUGAUAUAUCACCUCCAAGAAAGUUGAAAUCUGAUCAUUCCUCUCUGCUAAAUUCAAGAGAUAUAUCUCCACCAAGGAAAUUGAGCAGACUUCAAGAUUCCCCUAGAAGGAAAUCCAGAAGAGUAGAUAAUUCAACAUCUUCAAAAAAACAUCAGCAAGAUCUGUCUCCUGCAAAAAGAAAUAAUGAAACCUCCACUCUUGCUAAGGUGUCCAGAUGGAACAGGGAAUCUCCUACAAGAAGUAAAACAAAAAAUGACCUUUCUCCAAAAAGAAAGCAUUUCUCUGAAAAAAUAGAGAGAACAAUGAGUGGCAAAAAAUCAGGGCUCCAAAAUGCCAAAGAUCUUGUUCAAGAAAUAAUCACUAUUAAACAAAAAGAGGAAGACUUGUUCAAGAAUAUGUCAAAUGAAGUGUCAGGUAAAAAUGCAGUAACCAUAUCCAGAAAGAAAAAGACAUCAACUCCAGAAGAAGAUGCCAAAAAAAGGGAGAAGGAAAAAGAAAUGGAAGUUAAAUAUUCUAGGUGGGGCAAAGGUCUGAAGCAAGUGCAAGAUACUAAUGAGAAAAAUGAAGACAUGUUACAUGAGAUGAGCAAACCUUUAGCAAGGUAUGCUGAUGAUGAGGACCUGGAGAAGUUUUUAAAGGAACAAGAGAGAGACGGGGAUCCAAUGCUUGCUUAUAUUAGAAAGAAAAAGAAAAAAAAGCAAGUUGAAGCUGGUAUUCCAGAUAAACCAAUGUACAUGGGAGAUUUUGAGCCUAACCGAUUUGGAAUUCAACCAGGAUAUAGGUGGGAUGGGGUGGAUAGAUCAAAUGGUUAUGAGAAGAAGCUAUUUGAAUCUAGAAACUCUAAGAGAGCUGCUGAAGAAGAAGCUAUGAAGUGGAGUACAGAAGAUAUGUGA